CCUCUAUAUGUAUCCAACAAUGAGGAAGUGUAGGUGUGCAUCUAUCUGUUGACUGUCGGACAGGUUAAAGCUGAAGUAUGGCAAAUCCAGAUAAAGAGAUUUCCUACAGUGAUCUCAAAUCCCUCAAAGAGAAAUGUAAAGACCUUCUGAUUGUGGACGUGCGCUCCAAAGGUGAAGUGGAUAAAGGCUGCAUCCCAGGCUCCGUCCAUAUCCCAGUGGACGACGUGGAAAGAGAAUUCUCUUUGGAUGCAGAUGCUUUUAAAGAGAAAUUUGGUUUCCCCAAGCCCCUGCUGGAUAGCCGUGAGCUGGUGUUUCACUGCCAGAUGGGACAUCGUGGAGGACUUGCUACAGAGAAAGCCAGAAGCCUUGGCUUCAAGAAUGCACGGAACUAUGCAGGAGGAUACAAGGAAUGGUCAGAGAAGGAAGAAAAAUGCUGUUCUGGCACCAAGCACUGCUGUCCAGCAAAUCCAAAGGAGUAGUUUUAGUGACACUUGGACAAGGUUCCUCUCAUAGGAUUGUAGGAUCAUCAUCUAGUUUAGCUCAGUCAUAUUUAUCUUCAAAAAUAGCUGAAUACACUUUGAACAAUUAGAGCUUCAAGUUGGAUUAACUCAGGAAUUUGUAAUAAAAAUUUUAUUCAACUGCAGAGUUUUUACACAGCCCAUGUAUUUAUUUUUUUUUAAUUGUGUGGUUUAAGAUUUGUGCCUUUUUAUUGUAGCUUUACGUUUGUUUGUUUUUUUGCGACAUUGUCGUUAUUGGUGUACGCAUGCGCACUGCACAAACGUCUAUUUUGUAGAUUUGUUUUCAGGUAACCAGCCAUUCUGGUAUAGGGUGCUUUUGGUUUUAGUUUGUUAAUAUUGUCUCAGUGGCUGAUAUUAGAAAGAUGGACAUGUACUUUGCUCUGUGUUCUUCUUUCAGGUAAUGUCAUGCUAUGACCAUGUCACCAAUCACUUUUUUUUUUUAAAUGAAAGCGAACGUUGUUUUGCUCAGUUUAACACGCACACGGUUCCGAAAGGGAGUCCAAAAUGUAAUUUAGUAACUGUUGCAUCUAAAUUGUGUGAAGACUUUGGGAUCUAUUAAACCUGAUCUCCCCA